ACUUGUAUUAUAUCCUCUCAAUCCCAAAGUAUUCAGAAUCAUUUAGAAUCCUCUUCUCCUCUUCCCUUUCCAUUUGUCUUUCAUUUCUCUUAAAAUGACCUUUACUUAUAGCUUUACACAAACACUUAUCUUCAACUCCAUACCUGUCAUUCUCCUAUUCGUUCUCAUAUUGGGCUGGGCUACCCGACCCUCUCAAGCUUACAAAACAUUCGGGUUCGAACUCCACCAUAGGUUCUCGGAUCCAGUUACCCGGAUUCUUGAUUUGGGUGAAAAGUUACCGGAAAAAGGUAGUAUUGAAUACUACGCCGCCUUAGCUAGCCGUGAUGUUGCUGUUCAUGGACGCCGGUUGAAAGCAAAUUCCGGUGACUAUCAAACUCCACUCACCUUCUCCAAUGGAAAUACAACUUAUCGCAUCAGUCUCUUUGGAUUCUUGCAUUAUGCAAAUGUGACGAUGGGGACACCAGGAUCAUCGUUUCUGGUGGCGUUAGACACUGGAAGUGACCUUUUUUGGUUGCCUUGUGACUGCGUCAAGUGUGUCAAAGGGGUUGAAAUUCAAAAUGAUUCGUUGGAAUUCAGCAUUUACAGCCUCAAUACAUCAUCCUCAGGGAGGGUAGUUCAAUGCGACAGUCCUCUUUGUGCACAUAAAACAAGCUGUCCAGCUUCAUCCAGUACAUGUCCCUACAGAGUCAUUUAUCUCUCUUCCAACACAUCGUCUUCUGGGUAUUUAGUUGAGGAUGUGUUGCAUCUAACUGCGGAUGAUAAUCCUUCUGAGUCUAUUGAAGCUAAAAUUCCUUUUGGCUGUGGCAAGGUUGAGACUGGUUCAUUUUUGGAUGGUGGAGCUCCUAAUGGCUUACUCGGUCUUGGUUUGGAUAAAAUCUCGUUGCCUAGCAUGUUAUCUAGUCAGAAAGUUGCUGCAGAUUCUUUCUCCAUGUGUUUUGGAGCUGAUGGAAUAGGACGAAUCACUUUUGGAGAUAAAGGCAGCUCAAAUCAAAAAGAAACACCACUAAAUCUUAGAAAGAUAAAUCCACAUUACAAUAUUAGCAUAUCACAGAUAAAGGUGGGAACGAUUGCCUCUCGUGUUGAUGAUCUUUACGCUAUUUUCGACUCUGGCACGUCGUUCACAUACCUCGAUGAUCCUGCUUAUUCUCUAAUCACUGAAAAUUUUGAUGCCCAGGUAAAUGAUCAUAGAGCUGCAUCUCCAUCUGAUAUUCCUUUCGAGUACUGUUAUGCGUUAAGCACAAGCCAAAGUCGCUUGAACAUGCCCCCUAUCAAUCUGACAAUGGAAGGUGGAGACCAAUUUUAUGUUACUAAUCCAGUAGUGACAGUUUCUCUUAUGUCAGGAGACUUCUAUUGCUUGGGAAUUGUCAAAAGUGAAGUCGUAAAUAUUAUUGGCCAGAACUUCAUGACUGGAUAUCGUGUGGUUUUUGAUCGUGAAAAAAAGGUCUUGGGCUGGAAGGCAUCAGACUGUAACGAAGCAGCGGACUCGAGCAUGCUUCCCAUCAGUCCUCAUGGUUCCCAAAAGGUUCCUCCCAUAGCCUCCAUUGAACCUCAAGCUAUAAAACAAAACGAUUCUCAUAUGGCCGGGAGUUCAUCAGCUUUCGAACAAAAUUUAUCUCAUUUAAACCUCUGGACUAGCACACUCAUGUUGUCUUUCCUUCAAAUUUUGUCAAUUCUUUGGUAAAUUCAUUACCCACGGGCUAGCUCGAUAGACUUAGAUUACUGGCUGGAUCAUGCACCAUUUUUAUUAAGGUAUAAGUGAUGACAUUUUUUCUAGUUGUAUAUCCUCUUAUGUUUAGGCUCUGUAUUAUUCUUCUCGACGGCUAUUUUUGACCCAGUAUUGUAAAUAGUUUUAACUACAAAAAUAGCAUUUGUACAUCAUCAUAUAUAUAUUCCUCCGUAGACGGAUAAUUAAAAAUAGUCGUAUAAAUGUACAAUUCUAUCGCUAUUAUGGAAUUGUUUUUUUGUUUGUACAAAUUUUUUAUUCAAGCAAUGAUUUUUUUUUCCUCCCACUAUGAAAUGGUGAAAUGAAAAUCAAUAAUACAAUUUAUUGUUUAACCAUUAAAAUAAAAUUCAUCUUUCAAUAAUUGUAAAAUAAUUUUACCUAUUGCGCAUAUACGUAAAAAAGUUAAAUAAUUCAUCUUAUGAAGUAUUAAUCUUAUUUCAAUGAUUAAAGGUCUUUAAAUCUUCAUUCUUGAUUCCUUAUUUUGUAAAAUUUCAGAUUUCUUUCGAAGCUUCUCUAACCUAUUAAAACCCAUAUUUCAAAAAAAAAAAAAA